CUCCGCGUGGUGCCCGGUGCUCAGAGGUGAAGACGCUCCUCUGUCCUGAUCCCGGCAGCAGAGGGACUGGUCCCCGGCUCUGAUCUGAACACACACUCACACUCUCUCUCUCUCUCUCACACACACUCACACUCACGUGCACACACUGCGGAGUCGGGGUGAGUCUGUCCUUUUAGACCAGUGUGUGUCUUCUGUCGUUGUGUGAGGACAAACUGUGUGAGGUGAGGGAGACGCGCUGGACCUCAUCACACACUUUCUGCUUGUUGGCGUGGAUGUGUUUCCUCCAGCAUCAUGGACGACUGAUUCACGCACUUUCCUCACCCAACAGAUUAUUAAUCAUUCACAGACAGAGGAAAGAAUGGGAUAUGACUCCAGGUGAUAAGGUGGAGGAAGUCUUCUGCUCAACAAAGACAAUAAAUGAAUAUUUGCCAUGCUACAUGGGAAGGCUCUGAACUCCACCCUGCUCUUGCUUCUCAUCCCCAUCGUCUUUGUUUCUGCCCAUGGUCGCUCCUACCCCUGUUUUUCCCGCAAUGACACCGAAUUCCAGCACCUGGUGCUCCACCCAGACCCCUCUGUGGGGACGGUGUAUGUGGGGGCCCGGGACCACCUCUUCCAGCUGGACGGAUUAGACGGACUCCGGCUGGAACAAGAGGAGAUGACCGGCCCCGUCAGCGACAGCAAAGACUGUCUUCCACCGGUCACUGAGUUCAACUGUCCCCAGGCCAGAAGAACCAGUAAUCACAACAAACUACUGUUGGUGAACCCUAAGGCUUUGGAGCUGAUCACUUGCGGCAGCGUCCACCAGGGCACCUGCCAGAAACGCAGGCUGUCAUCAAUCAAAAAGGUUAUCUUCUCCACUGAGAGGCCUGUGGAUACUCAGUAUGUUGCGGCCAAUGAUCCAUCAGUGUCAACUGUUGGGCUGGUGGUCAGUCUCCGUGGCGGGGAAAGAACAGUAAUGUAUGUGGGCAGGGGCUACACUGCCAGCCACCCACCCAUCUCUACCCGCCACCUGUCAUCAGCGCCCAUCUUUUCCUACGAGGAGACAGCCAAGCUGGCUGUAGCAGGGCGCCUGUCGGAAUAUGACCACCAUUUUGUGACAGCAUUCACACGGCACACAUACGUGUACUUCUUGUUUUAUCGCCGAGACAUCAAGUCUGCAUCAAGGGAGUACCGCACCUACGCCGCCCGAGUGUGCCAGGAUGACACCUCCUACUACUCAUAUGUGGAAGUUCCUCUUGUCUGCCGAUCCCCGACCUCUCCCUCAAGGACAUACAACCUGCUCCAGGCAGCCCAGGUGGGACAAGGUGCAGGCCAGCAAGGCGAGGAUCUGCUGGGAGUCUUCUCCACCCACAUCAGCUCCAUAAACAACAGUCCCUUGGAUGCCUCGGCCCUGUGCGUUUACCCUCUGGAUGAGCUUGACAGACACAUCGACUCCACCCGCAACCUCUGCUACACCCAGGAUGGGUGGUUGGAGGGAAAAGGAGAGGUGGCCUACAUAGAGUACGAGGUCAAGUCAAGCUGUGCCAACCUGCCCCGGAAUACUCUAAAGGCGUAUCCCUGUGGCUCUGACCACACCCCGAGUCCAAUGGCGAGCCGGGCACCUCUGGAAGCUAAAACCGCCUGGCGCACCUCAGCCGCCCGUCUCACCGCUGUGGCUGUCAGUGUCAGAGACGGACACAGCAUUGCCUUCCUAGGAGACGCCAAAGGGACUCUACACAAGGUGUAUCUUGGUCAAGAUGGCAGGGUGGAGGUGUAUGCCAACUCAACCAUUCAUCCCAACUCACCCAUUAACAGUGACCUGCUGUUGGAUCAGAAUGGAGCACACAUCUACAUCAUGACCAAAACCAAUGUAGAGAAGCGCCCGGUGGCAGAAUGUGGAGAUCACCUGGACUGUCAGUCCUGUCUGUCUGCUAAAGACCCCUACUGUGGCUGGUGUGUCCUGGAGGGAAGGUGUGGCCAGCAGUGGGAGUGUCAGCGAGGGUCCCAGCAGGGCCAGUGGUUGUGGAGUUUCAACCAGACGCAGCAGUGCCUCAGUAUUCAACACCUCAGCCUCUACAACAUCAGCCGCGGGGAGAGAACUGAUAUUACAGUGUCAGUCGAGGGUCUCCCCAGUCUAGGAAUGGGAGAGUUCUACUCUUGCUUCUUCCAAGACACAGAAAGUCAAGCAUCGCUCACUAACACUGGUGUCACAUGCUCCACCCCCGAUGCCAGCAGCCUCCCCCCCAUAGGCUACGGAGAUGAAUUUGUGAUGGUGACCCUUUCACUACGGUUCAUCAACGUGACGGUGGCUGAGACAGAAUUCACCUUCUACAACUGCAGCUUGGUUCAGGAGCUCUCGGGACGCCGGCCAUGCCAAGGGUGUGUUAGCAGUCACUGGGGGUGUAACUGGUGCAUCCACGAGCACAUCUGCACACACAAAAGCACCUGCAGCCACGGAGUCACCAUCUACAACCAAAACUUCAAACCGCCAACACCCACCAUCCCACCACCCACCAGAAAACUGACCCCUCUACCACCCACUACCCGGGCUGCUACAACAACAUCCACCACCACCACAACAGCAACAACAGCAGCAACCACAACAACCACAGUAACACAGCCGCCACCCACAGAGAUACCUCCCCCAACCACAGCAGCUUCCCCUUCAGUUGCAACCACCACAGUGACAUCACCUACCAGCCCCAAUGCUGAAUCUACAGCCCCCCUUACGCUGGCCACAACUUCCCCCUUUGUCAGGACGCAGGUCACCACCGUCCACACCGAUGUCAUGACCGUAAAUGUGUCCGUUUCUGAUGUGGAGAGAACGACAGAGGGAGAUGGUGCCACCACAAGAGGCUUUUUAGGAAACGACUUAAAUAUCACUGAUGAAACUCUGCACACUACAUUACCCAGCAUUACUAGUGGCCAGGUAGACCCUGAGCUGAGACUCUUAGAGCUGUCUGGUGAAGCAGUGGGCUCCUCCUCAGAUGUGAGCUUGACUACGUCCAGCGAAGUGGCUCUUUUAAUAGACCUUUCUGUCAAUGACAGUAAGGACUCUAAAGAGACAGACUCACCUGUGUGGUUGACUGAGUUGGAGAAGCCAGAGGGAGACACUGAGGUGGAGCUUGCAACAGGUUCAUAUGUUGCAGGUGCCAGCGAACACUCGGCUGUCCAUACACAAUCACCUAAAACCGUUGUUGACCUCGACUCUGAUUCUGCAACAAACUACCAGUCAGAUUCUACGACUGAUUCUUAUAUUCUGGAAUGUCCGUGUGUGGAGAAGGUUCAGGACUCCUCCCUGCUCCCUGUCAAUGUGGAGAGGAAAAUCACUCUGGUGGGACAACAUCUAAACCUGUUUCAGGAUGAGGACUUGGACUACGAGUGUGUGUUGGACGUUGAGAAUCAGUCGGUGGUGGUGGACGCUGCAGUAGAGCCGGAUGCUACCCAGUCAUCAGUCUUCUUUAUCACCUGCCAGCCGCACCAGUAUGCCUACUCUGUCUCGGUGGAGGAAUAUCCAGCAAUGAUCAACGUGAGGAGAAAAAACAACUUCCUCAUCGACAGCGCUGAGGAUCUGUAUGUGACUCUGUUCAACUGUUCAGUGGGGCGGUCGGACUGUAGCCGAUGUCGUACUGCUGACCCUAAGUACGGCUGUGUUUGGUGUGGCGGUGCGGCCAGCUCUCGCUGUGUCUACCAGGACUCCUGCACAGACGAGAUCAAACACACCUGCCCUGCACCUGUCAUUCACUUUUUGGACCCAGUGUCCGGCCCCGUAGAGGGAGGCACAGUCGUGACUAUUUCAGGCUCUAACCUCGGCCAGAGAGCUGAAGACAUCCAGAGCUCUGUCACGGUGGCCGGGGUUCCCUGCAGCGUCAUCCACAGCCGAUAUGAAGUCUCCUCAAGGAUCGUGUGUGAGACAACAAGAAGCAGAGGAGAGAAGAGCGGCCAGGCCUCAGUCAAAGUGAGGGGAGGAGGUCUCGGACUGUCGGCUCAGAUCUUCAGCUUCCAGGAUCCUGUACUGAGCAGCAUCUUCCCCCAGAGAGGACCCAAGGCCGGGGGCUCGUCUCUGACCAUCAGAGGCCGCAGGCUGAGGACUGGACAUCCAGGUGAAGUCAGCGUCCUGAUUGGAGGAGUCCCCUGUAUGGUGCUGAACAUCCGGGAGGAUCAGAUCAGCUGUCUGACCAAAGGCAGCAACAGAACCGGAGAACACAGCGUCACUGUGCGGUUUGGUGGGGCAGAGCGCCACCUGCAGGGUUUGGUGUAUCAUUACACCCCCAACCCCAACAUCACAACAGCUGCUCCUUUCAAAAGCUUUCUCAGUGGAGGACGAAUCAUCAGAGUUUCUGGUCAGAACCUGGAUGUGGUCCAACAGCCAAAAAUGAGGGUGACCCUCAGUCCUCCUGAUACUCUCCCCCCCAGGAGGAGAAGGAGCUCCGGUAGGAGGAAGGAAGGGAGAAAAGAUCACCAGGGUCCGGUGAAGAGAUGGAGGAGGAUCGUCCCAGACACAGACUGCCCACAGGGUGCACUCUGUCACGUCAAACAGUACGAGUCUCGCUGCACAGUGAACAGCUCCUCCCUCAUCUUGUGUCCGACCCCGGCGGUGGGCCCAGAGGCCAGGAGAGCCAGGGUCAAAGUUCAUUUCCUGCUAGACAGCCUCCAUUUUGACUUCAGCGCUGUGGGCAAUGAAGCCUUCAGCUAUGAGUCCAACCCAGAUCUCUACCCGCUGAACCAGAACGACCCCAACAAACCGUAUCACCACAAACCUGGCAGCGUCAUCUCUGUAGAGGGACAGAACCUGGAUCUGGCCAUCUACAAGCAUGAGGUGGAGGCUCGGAUAGGGGAGGGGGUGUGUGCCGUGAAAACCUUGACCCAUAACCACCUGUACUGUGAACCACCAACCCAGCAGCCUUCAAUGGCUGCCAGCAAGAAACAGGACGGCAUGGACAGUCUGCCUGAGUUCACUGUGAGAAUGGGGAACUUGAACUUCUCACUGGGCAGAGUGCAGUACGACAGCCAGGCCCAGUCCACGUUUCCUCUGGAAGCCCAGGUGGGAGUCGGGGUCGGGGCCUCCAUUGUGGCUCUCAUUGUGCUCAUCAUUGUGCUCAUAUACAGGAGAAAGAGCAAACAGGCCAUGAGGGACUAUAAGAAGGUGCAGAUUCAGCUGGAGAACCUGGAGACCAGUGUGAGGGACCGCUGUAAGAAGGAGUUUACAGACCUGAUGACAGAGAUGAUGGACAUGUCCAGUGAUUUGGUGGGUUCGGGGAUUCCAUUCCUGGAUUACCGGGUGUAUGCCGAACGCAUUUUCUUCCCAGGCCACCAGGAGUCGCCAUUGAGACGAGAUCUGGACGUUCCAGAGAGUCGAAGGCAGACUGUGGAGCAGGGGCUGGUCCAGCUGUCCAACCUGCUCAACAGCAAACUGUUUCUCACCAAGUUUAUUCACACGCUGGAGGUCCAGCGGACAUUUUCCCCCAGGGAUCGGGCGUAUGUGGCCUCUCUGCUGACUGUAGCCCUGCAUGGUAAACUGGAGUACUUCACAGACAUCCUGAAGACGCUGCUUAACAAUCUGGUGGAACAGUACGUGGCCAAGAACCCCAAACUGAUGCUCAGGAGAACUGAAUCUGUUGUCGAGAAGCUCCUGACAAACUGGAUGUCCAUUUGUCUCUUUACCUUUCUGAGGGAAUCAGCAGGGGAGUCGUUCUACAUGCUGUUUAGAGCAAUAAAGCACCAGGUGGAUAAGGGACCUGUGGACGCUGUGACAGGAAAGGCCAAGUACACACUAAACGACAACCGGCUGCUACGAGAGGACGUGGAAUACCGCACGCUGACGCUAAAUGUUGUGAUGCCAGCUGCAGCUGCCAGUGGAGGCACGAUCACCCAGACGGUACCUGCCAAAGUCCUGGACUGUGACACCAUCACCCAAGUGAAGGAGAAGCUCCUGGAGCAAACCUGGAAGGGAACCUCCUUCUCCCAGAGGCCACACGUUGACUCGUUACAUCUCGAGUGGCGUGCAGGUGUUGCAGGUCACCUUAUCCUCUCAGAUGAGGACCUGACGUCAGUAGUGCAAGGCUUGUGGAAGCGCCUUAAUACACUGCAGCACUACAAGGUCCCUGAUGGAGCGACGGUCGCCCUCGUCCCCAGGAACACCAAACAUCACCUCCAUGACAGCCAUGAUUACAUGCCUGGAGAAAAGACCCCUAUGCUGGAUGAUGGGGAGGAGGGAGGAGUGAGGCUCUGGCAUCUGGUGAAAGCCAACGAGGAGUCUGAGCUGCCCAAGCACAGGAGAGGGAGUCUGAGGGAGAGGGGCGGGGAGAGAGCCAAGGCCAUCCCGGAGAUCUACCUCACACGACUGCUCUCCAUGAAGGGAACGCUGCAGAAGUUUGUGGAUGAUUUAUUCACUGCGAUCCUCAGCACCAGUCGUCCCGUACCUCUGGCUGUCAAAUACUUCUUCGACUUGCUGGAUGAGCAGGCGCUGCAGCACAACAUAACGGACCCCGAGACCAUCCACAUCUGGAAAACCAACAGUUUACCUCUGCGUUUCUGGAUCAAUAUCCUUAAGAACCCACAGUUCAUCUUUGACGUGCAGACUUCAGACCAUGUGGAUGCUGUGCUGUCCGUCAUUGCCCAAACCUUCAUGGAUUCUUGCACCAUCGCCGACCACAAACUGGGGCGGGACUCUCCCAUCAACAAGUUGCUGUAUGCCAGAGACAUCCCGCGCUACAAGCAGAUGGUGGAGAGGUAUUACGCAGACAUCCGUCAGACCAUCUCUGCCAGUGACCAGGAGAUGAACUCCGCUCUCGCAGAACUCUCCCAUAAUUACGCUGCUGAGGUCAACUGCCUGGUGGCUUUACAUGAGCUGUAUAAGUACAUCAACAAAUACUAUGAUCAAAUCAUCACAGCGCUGGAAGAGGACCCCACCGCUCAGAAGAUGCAGCUGGGUUACAGGCUGCAGCAGAUCGCUGCCGCUGUUGAAAACAAAGUCACAGACUUAUGACUCGACUCAUGGAACGAUGGAUUCUUCCUUUAACCUUGAGGAGAGGACAGUGGUGAAACAAGGUUCUGUCUCCUGGAGAGAAAAAAGACACACAUUGUGAUUCUGACGCUGGCCAUGUUUAGUACUCCCUACACAUUUCCAAAGGAGUAAAUAGAAGUCACAAAAAAAGAGAAAAUGUGAAAGGAGCUCAACAGAAACCUCCUCUGAACUUUGACACCUCUCCUCGUAAGGAUUUCACACAAUGACUUUAACCUUAAAGGAGACGGAUAUCAACAGAGUUCUUUCACCUCUUCCUCUAUGAAUCAUGGCGAACAUGUUCACAGCAGGUUUAUUAUUUGUGAGCUGAGGAACGGACGCUGUUGAUGGGCUGGAUGUGAAAAUCCGGGAACGAGGAGGAAAAGGGAAAAGAAGGAGUUGACCUUUAAGUUAACUGUGGAACUUUUACCAUGUUACGUCAAAAAGUCUUAGACAAAGGACGAACAGAUAAUGACACUGUCAGAAAGCCUUUUUUUAAAUUCUGCUUUUAGCUUCCUUAAAUCAUUCUACCAAGUCUUACUCUGUGAGGUCACUCAGCUGUUAUUGGACGGUUUGACGCUUCGCAGAAGUGUUUUCCAGGAUACAUGUAGUUUUUAUUCUUGUCACUAGUUACUGUAAUUAACAGAUCCUGCCUCGUGUAGUCUGAACUGAAAACCAGCGUUGACUAGCUUUCUUUUCAUGGUGACCAACUGCUAUUUUGAAUCUUCUCCUUGUUGAUAAACGUUUUUUUUAAAUAUGUUUUACCAGAGACGGUUUGGCUGAGCUGCUCGUUCUUAACUCUUGAACUGAUCCGUCCUGAAGGAAGUUCAACAACAUGCAGACAAAACUAAUCAUUUACGACCAUAAUCGUGGAAAACGAUGGAUCUUACCACCCACAAAAGACCAAGCCUGACUUAUUAUGAGAUAAAUGCACAGAUUAAUAAUAAUGCACAAAGAAAUUAACUCCACAUUAUUUAUUUUGUCUUUCUCUGCCACUUAAAAAAAUAUUCAUCUUCAUCAGGGUUGAUUUCCUAAUUGUGUCAGACAUAUUCCUACCACAGUAGAAAAAAAAUUGCAUUAGAGAACCAUGGGAAAAUAUUAUUCAUAAAUCCAGAGGUUACUGUGAAAAAAUAACAUUGAAUUUAACAACAUCUGUUUACAGUUAUUUCUUAUAUCUCUGCUUUAUAGAUGCUUUUCAGUUGCUUUGUCCAACUGAUUUCAUUUCAAUUUGGAUUUAUCUUUUCAUAUUUCAUUUCAGUUUUGUUACAUUCUAUCAUAUGUUGUAACUUUGGAUCUACUCGUGGUCACUCGACAACAUCAGAGUCCGUUUUUCCGCUGAUUCAGCUCCACAUGUAAAUGUAGUUUCUAACUGACUGAGAGCCAUCGGUUAAAUGGUCUGGGGGUUUUUCAGGGUGAAGGAAAUGGAGGAAACGUCUGUUACAGCACAAAUGCUGCGAGAUAUCUGGUUUUCACACAAACAUUUCACACUGACAACAGAAGCUGUGCCAUGAUUUGAAGCUUUAAUUUGUAUUCAUGCAUUAGGUGUGAGAGCAGAUGGCAGAAUUUAGCAGUGCAAAGUUUUAUCUCUUCAUCCUACUCAAAAUGAAGUAGCUCCUUUUUUUUUUUCAAUUUAAUUUAUUGUUUAUUUAUUUCAUUGCAUAUGUUGUUAUCAUUUUUAAGACAUAGAAAAUAAUGGUUUUAUGUCCCUCCCUAUCAGAUGCUACAUCUGGAUUCUUUUUUUCUCUUUUAAGAAAAGUAAAAAGCUGGACCUCAUGGUUUGUUUUUAUCUGCUGAUCAAGUCAAGUCCAAAUCAAAGUUUCAGUCUCAUUUUAUAUGUUGAAUCCAUUUUAGAGGCAGUAGAGGAAUAUUAUUUGUAAAGUUGUACAUUAAAAAGACUGUCAAGAUUGUUUGCUGUGCUCACUUCUGAUGUUUUACCAUUUCCCUGUGCUGUAGUUCCAAACUGUUCCCCAGUAAUCCUGACUUUACUGAUCUCCGACUAAUUGAUAGGAUGAACCUAAUAACAACUUAAUGUGCUGCAAUAAAGUGGUCCCAGUGUUAACAGAUGUGUGAAGUUACUCUGCUGCUACACUGAGCUGAUGAUCAUCUGUGUUGUUACUUUGAUAGAGAUCGUGAUGCGUCUCUAUUUGAGGUGUCAUGACACAGAUGCUCCAGACACCUGAAAUAGUGGUAACACCUCAAAUACUGGCUUGUCCAGGUUUUCACAAACAACAGCUCACUUGACUCGUCUAUCCGUGACUUGACCACAGUAAGUAACUCAACUUGUGCCAUUGUCAACAUCCAUUGUCACUCACUUCUGUUGUGGUGGUGUCCGUUAUGUCACUUCGGCAUUGGUGUUGUGGUUAUAGCAGUUGUGUUGUGGCUUUUGCAUUUGUUUUUUCAGUUAACGAGCUUGUGUGAGAUGUGUCCGCCACCGUGCAUCUACUGACGGAGAGUGAGUUUUUAUUAUAUGUAGCAACCGAGCUGAAGUUAAGUCUGUUCGCAGAAAAAUAAACA